AGUGCUUGGUACAAACAAAACGACAGCCUCAAUCUUAUGGCGAAGAAAGUAGCAAAACCACAGACGAAGUGGCCUCAAAGACAUGCUUCUGAGCAAAGCUCCUCAACCAGAGCUCUCUCCUUUCCCUCUCCCUUCCUCUAGCCCUAACUCUCUUCUCCUUGCCCUUCCUAUGCGCGUCUCUCAUUUCUCUUCCCUCCUCUUCCUCCGCUCUCUUGCCCUCUCCCACCGCCGCCAUGGGUCCUGCCUUAGCCACCGCUUUGUUCGACCAAUCUCCACUUCCCCUCUGUUCUGCGUCACCGUGCCCCGCCAAUUCCCGUCGGUUUCUUCUUCUUCCAGUACAUUUGUCGAACAGUUGGAGAACGAACCAACGGAGGAAGAGGAUGCUGGGGGUUUCGAUAGUUUCCCUGAAAGUGAGCCAUUUGACUCCGAUAAGAAGUUCUCCUCGGUUGAUAUGAAGCACCUUUCGGCGCCGGAGCUGGAGAUUAAGGAACUCGAUGAACUUCCCGAGCAGUGGCGAAGGUCGAAGCUGGCGUGGCUGUGUAAGGAGUUGCCGGCGCAUAAGACGGGGACGUUGGUUCGGAUACUGAAUGCGCAGAAGAAGUGGCUGACUCAGGAGGACACUACUUACUUAGCGGUCCAUUGUAUAAGGAUUCGAGAGAAUGAAACUGGAUUCAAGGUGUACAAAUGGAUGAUGCAACAACAUUGGUAUAGAUUUGAUUUUGCUCUUGCCACCAAACUAGCUGAUUACAUGGGUAAGGAACGGAAGUUCUCAAAAUGUCGGGAGAUAUUCGAUGAUAUAAUCAAGCAGGGGCGAGUUCCUAGUGAGUCUACAUUUCACAUAUUGGUCGUUGCUUAUCUUAGUGCUCCCGUUCAAGGUUGCUUAGAAGAAGCAUGUAGCAUCUACAAUCGAAUGAUUCAAUUAGGAGGAUACCAGCCGCGACUUGGCUUACACAAUUCUCUAUUCAAAUCUAUUGUUAGCAAACCUGGAAGCUCUGCAAAACAUUAUCUGAAGCAAGCUGAAUUUAUUUUUCACAAUUUGGUAACAACUGGGUUUGAGGUACAUAAGGAUAUAUAUGCUGGCCUAAUUUGGCUACAUAGCUAUCAGGACUCCAUUGAUAAAGAAAGGAUAACAGAGAUAAGGAAAGAGAUGCAUCAAGCAGGUAUUGAGGAGGGCAGAGAAGUGCUUGUGUCCAUCUUGAGAGCUUGCUCAAAGGAUGGGGAUGUGGAGGAAUCAGAAAAAACUUGGUCCAAAGUUCUCAGUCUUGGCGGUGCUAUUCCAUCUCAGGCUUUUGUGUAUAUGAUGGAGAUCUAUGGAAAGAUUGGAGAUCCUACAGAAUCAUUGAGUAUACUCAGAGAGAUGAAGGAGCAUUUGGGUUCAAACAAUGCUGUGGCAUAUCAUAAAAUCAUAGAGAUUUUAUGUAAAGCUCAAGAAAUUGAACUUGCAGAAUCCCUCAUGGCAGAAUUCAUGGGAAGCGGUUUGAAGCCUGUUAUGCCAUCUUUCAUUUAUAUAAUGAAUAUGUAUUAUAAUUUAAGCUUUCAUGACAAAGUAAAGUUAGCCUUCACUCAGUGCCUUGAGAGAUGUCAACCUAGCUGUACCGUUUAUAGUAUAUACUUGGAUUCUUUGGUCAAAGUUGGUAACCUAAGCAAAGCUGAGGAUAUCUUUUGCCAGAUGCAGAAUGACGGUGCUAUUGGUGUUAACGCUCGGUCAUGCAACACCAUAUUGAGCGGAUACCUAUCAUCUGGUGAUAAUGUGAAGGCAGAGAAGAUAUAUGACCUGAUGUGCCAAAAGAAAUAUGACAUCGAAUCGUCAUUGAUGGAAAAGAUUGAUUUUGUCCUCAGCUUGAGCAGAAAAAAUAUUAAAAGACCAGUAAGCAUAAAGCUUAGCAAGGAACAACGAGAGAUCUUGGUGGGUCUGCUGCUAGGAGGCUUGCAAAUUGAUUCAGACGAAGAGAGGAAGAAUCACAUGAUCCGCUUUGAGUUCAGAGAAAAUUCUGUCCCGCAUUAUCUAUUGAAGAGGCGUAUACAUUACCUAUAUCAUGAAUGGUUGCAUCCUUCGUGCCAGGCCAAUAAUGGUAAUGAGGAUGUACCAUAUAGAUUUGUCACCAUCUCACACUCUUAUUUUGGAUUUUAUGCGGACCAGUUUUGGCCAAAGGGGCGACGCACAAUUCCAAACUUGAUCCAUCGGUGGCUGUCUCCAUGUGUUCUUGCAUACUGGUAUAUGUAUGGGGGACAUAGGACCUCAUCUGGAGACAUUGUGUUAAAGCUCAAGGGUAAUGAGGAUGGUGUUGAGAAGGUUGUUAAAAGCUUGAAGGCAAGGUCCCUGGAGUGUCGAGUGAAGAGAAAGGGAAGUGUAUAUUGGAUUGGUUUCCUGGGAAGCAAUUCAACCUGGUUCUGGAAACUAGUAGAACCGUAUAUUUUAGAAGACUUGAAAGACUCUCUUAGACCAGGUGGUGAAACCUCAAGCAAAACUACACUUCAAAUUGAAGACAUGAGCUUCCAGAGUUCAUCUGAUACUGUUGAAAAGGGUUCUGAUUUAAGUGAUGAUGGGAACAUUUAGUCUUCUGUUGGAAACUUUGAAGUAUAUUUCAAUGAAUUCACAUUAGGUUUGUGUAGGAUGAUUAUCGGAGUUCCAUAUUAGCAGGUUCAGAAAGCUUGGACGCUUCUCAACUAAUUAUAAAAUGUUUCAUCUUGGCAACUUCGGGAGGUGUACAUAUUUACAGAAUGAGCAAAUUUAUAAAAGCAGCCUAAUGGAGUAAUCUUAUUGCUCUUUUAGUUUUA